CAGUCUUUGUUGUUGGACAUUAGCUAGCUCGUUAGCAGCUCGGUCGCAGUGUUCAGGGCAGUGUGGCCAGGCCUCGCGGCUCUACUGUACUGACAGCACAGAUGAAAACAAAAGAUUAGCUCGCUAGCUCGCUAACCUCCAGCGUAUUUAGCUGCCACGGUUAAUUUAAACUCUGUUUGAUAACAUAUCAGCGGCUUAGCCUCAAAGAGCACAAUUGGUAUGCAUUUAGCAACAUUAUUUUAUUUGCCAAAUUUCCUGUUUGGCAGAACAUCCUGUCUUUCUGUUUCACCACCAGCCCAAUAUUGUAUUUCAGCAGCUAGCUUACAGUUUCUUUAUGUUUAAGUAACAUUGUUAGCCAUAAUACGUCUGUAGUAGCUUGUUUUGUAAGCAAUAAGAUGAGAAAGGGGGACUUUUUUUUAGAGAAAUGUUGAAGCUGCCUAUAAAUGCCUGCAAGCAAACUUUUCAUUCUUCCUUAAUUUCACCGAGUGCAUCCAGUCCAAGUGGGUGUUGACACCCAAACUGCAACAGCUGAUUCAACGGCCCCUAAAGUUCAGUCAGGGGGUACCCAGUGACACACUGCAAUGUCAGAGACUCUGAUAACAGGGCAGACAUCGGAGGAUCUGUUGGCUGACUUUGAGACUUUGCUGAACUCUGGGAGCAUUGAGCUGGGCGAGGACCACCAGAUAGUGAUCAUCACCAGCCCCAGCAAUGAGGGACUCCACCCGGCCGCUGCACCCAGCAGCACGGGGGAAAUCCUUCUGUUUGCCACGCCACAGGGCCCCGUCGAUGUGGGGAUCCAGGACAAGAGAAGACCGACUCUGGGAAGACCUCCGGUAAAGAGGAAGUUGGACCUGGAUAGUGACCAUCAGUAUGUUAGCACCACUCGACCGUCCAUUGGUCAAGCACCACCCUCUACACCUGCCCCUCCCAGAGUUCCUCGAACCACAACAGAGAAGUCACGGUAUGACACUUCCUUGAACCUGACCACCAAGCGCUUUCUGAACCUGUUGUCGCAGUCAGCGGACGGCGUGGUGGAUCUGAACUGGGCCUCGCAGGUCCUGGAUGUCCAGAAGAGACGCAUCUACGACAUCACCAACGUCCUGGAGGGAAUCCAGCUCAUCUCCAAGAAGUCCAAGAACAACAUCCAGUGGCUGGGUAAUCGAGUUGAUGCUACGUUGGUGUCCCGCCAUAAGGAGUUGCAGAGGGAGGUGUGUGACCUCACAGAGGCUGAGGAGCAGCUGGACGAGCUCAUUUCUAAGUGCAACCUACAGCUGCGGCUGCUCACAGAGGACCCACAGAACAAGAAGUUGGGCUAUGUGCGCUGCCAGGACUUAAGGAAGUCAUUCGAUUCCCCGGAUCAGCUGGUCAUGGUGAUCAGAGCUCCACCAGAAACCCAGAUGCAAGUGUCCGAGCCCUGCAAGGGUUACCAGGUGUCACUGAAGAGCAUGCGGGGUCCAAUCGACGUCUUCCUCUGUCCAGACGACAGCUCCGGCGUCUGCAGCCCUGUGACUGGAAGUAGUCCCUCCAAACCUAAUGCUGACCCCUCCCUGGCCCCGCCCCCCACACAACCCACAGACCAAUCACAAGCCAGAACAUCUACAACCUCUGUGGAAGUGGGUUUAUCAUCGCCAGCGUCCACGUCGUCCACGGUGACGGCAGCCUCCCAGCAGGAGCCCUCAUCACUGGUGUUGGGCGCUGACGCAGAAUCGCUCCUGGGAGGCGACCCGUUCCCCAGCCUCGGAGACAUGCCCGAUUUUGACCUCUCACCCCUCUCCUCCUCGGACUUCCUGAGCGGAGACGGCUUUCCUCUCCCAUUGGACGGUUUCAUCAAUCUGUCCCCCCCUCAAAGUCACGACUACCACUUUGGACUGGAGGACCACGAAGGCAUAAGUGAACUGUUUGACUGUGACUUCGGUGACCUAUCACAAGUUUUGGGGGGACAGUUAGGUGAGGAUGACGAGGAGGAGAGCAGGAGCACGUGAGCUCCUAGAUUUAGGACUUUUCCUCUGUUCUCUGGGGCUUCGCAAAGAGGGCCGGAAACCAACAUUUUAUGGGCCAAUGUUCGUCAUGAACCCAAAAUUAAUGUUUCAACUGUGCGGUGUGGGAAAAUGUUUGUGUCGUAAUUUCCUGUGAUCCCCAGAAUACAGCCCGACUACAAAAAUCUCAGUCCCCAUAAAUUGUACAGCACAUUAUUAGCACUUCUUUUUGGCCAUUUAAAUUUUAGACCAAGACUUUAGCUUUAGUAUAGCUAUUUAAAUUAUUUAUAUGAAUGUUAUUUUGAUACUUUGUACCAAGUGUGGUUCUUGUUGUUAUUGAUAAUGUUUUAUCCAAGUGGGUUGUGCAGGUGUUUGUGUGCGGAGUGUGGACUCAUAGGGCUGGUUUCCUUAACCCCUGGUUAUCUGACAUGCUGCGAUUCAUCAGGCUGGUUUUUCGAUUUUUCAGUCUGACGUGUUUUCUCCAAAAGGGAGAAGUUUGCAUGUCACAGCUGAAGCUGCUUCAGUGAAACCAGCCGUGCAGAUUCAGUGCUGGGCUGGUCAGAAGCAUCUCAGAGCUAUGGUGUAGUUUCACUCAAAAUAUUUUUUCCAUAGUGAUGGAGGUCAUUAUAAGCACAAAAGUAAAGGAUUUUUCCAUGAAUAAUUAGUUUGAUCUAAAACACUGGAAUCUUGACAGACUGAUUUCUCUCAUGUCUCCUUGUCUGACAGUAACACUCAAGAUAUCAUGGCCCCAACUUAAUGACUAGAUUUGCAAAUGUUUCACUGUCUCCUACCGUGAAUUAACAAGUUUGGAAUAAGUAGCUGAAUUUUAAUUUCCCUCCAAACCCACUGACCAACAGAUGGGAUGUCUGGAGCAGGCUUUACAUGACAAAUGAACACAAACAAUAGCUAAGUCACCCUAAUCUUUCCUCACAUCAAUAAUAAUACAAUGACAUUUUGAUCAUUCAAAAUUUUUCUUCAAAAGACACAUUUUCUUUUGGCCCUCUGGAUGACAGUCUGGUUUCACCGAAUGGUGCUCAAAAUCCACUUUAGAUAGUCUAGAGCUGCGUUCAGACCGCAGGCAAAUGUAAUUUCUCAAUUAUGAUCUUGAGAUUGUCUGCGCUUUUAUUUUAAAGUAAUCAGAUUGGAUUUGUGUCUCCAGACAUCACCAACCUGUCUGCAUAGGUUGCUGUGAUAUGGACGUAGGUGUCUGUAACUAGCAAAGCUGGUGACAUGGCUUUCCAAUGCGGAAGUUUGGAAAACGGAGGCCCAUCAUUUCACCCUCCAGCAGUUUAUUUUGGCGUUUGUCCACGUAUUGUCGUUCCUCAUGAUGUCCUCUGCUCUCUGCUAGUAACAGCAUAGAUCUGCUCAGCACUGCCGUUACUCUGGAUUUGACAUCGCUGUGUGUCGUGCAGGGUUCCCACAGUUGUGGAAAAUGGAAUUUGUAGAAGUCUCUGAAAGUUUUGGAAAAGUUAAUUGCAUUUUGUAGAGUGAAAUGAAAUUGUUACAGUAAUAUUUCAUGGAUAACCUUCCAUGUAGUGUGACGGUAGUUUCUCCCUUCAUGUGUUCCUGUAACCUGAAAUUAUGACCAAAAAGAGUUUGAAUCUGAUAUGUUUGGAAAAAAUGCUAAGCAACUCAGGCAUAAGAAAAAUUAUUAUGGGUCCUUGAAAAGUUAUGGAAACGUUCUUAUAUUUUGUCCGUGAAAAUGUGUGGGAACCCUGUUGUAUUCAAAGACACUUUGGGAUCCGAUGAGCAGCCAGAGCACCCGGACUGAGGUGCAUUUGUUGCAAUCACAUUUGAAACCACCUCAAGAUGUGUUUUUUUGCAAUCCAGACUUCCUAAAAUAAAUCUGGAUCUGCCAAAAAAUGCACUGAGGACAAAGGUAGUGACUCCACAGUAACUAAUAAUGUGUUUUUGAAGGCAAAUAAGCAGCUAAAAUCUGAAAGAUCCAGGUAGGUGUUGUCAGUGUGCAGGAAACCAGGUGAUGACAGUCUGCUGCAGUUAUUUAAAAACUAAUACUGAAUUUGUUGUUCUCUAUUAGUUAGCUAGGCGUUUAGCCGUAGUCUCAGGUGUUCGGAGCAGAGUCUUAAAUCAAUGUGUUUGAUGCAAACAUGUUUUAGCUGGGUGUUGUGUAGGUCGAUAAAAGGUUUUUACAGGUUUAGAAAAUGUGUGAAGACAGUGCAGGGUUUUUUUUUUCAUUUCUCUUUCAACUUUUUCAGCCAUGAGUUCACCAGAUGCCUGUAGUCCAAUUCUCCCAAAACCACCCGACUGUUAUUGUCACGCAGGGAAGCUCCCAGCAGGUUAAAGAAGUCCACAGAGCACACACUCGUAUCAUAUCAUUGUUCUCUGAAAGCGUUCAGUGUGGUUGGUUCAUUAUUAUGUGUGAAUUAAAGCUCCAUCUUUGCUUUUACCGGUCCGAUCGAUGCAGAGCAGACUUCAGGAAGGGUUAAGUUAAAGUUACGGACUCUUGACAGGAAUCCAAAACAGGGACCUGCUGUUAUCGUUCAGCGUAUGUGCUUCAGAUCAGUUCAGAAAGUUAAUGUUCAUGCCUUAAAUCAAUGACCUCUACUGGGUAAAGCGAGGUUUCUGGGAUAUCUUAUCUCAGCCCCAAAAGGAUCGAUUCCUUCUUGUUUUUUUUACAACAGUCACAACAGUCUCCAUUCUCAUACUACAAGCCUUGGUUCUUUGAUUUUCAGUGUAAAAAAAAAAGCAGCAAUAACAAAGACGUUUUCACAUCAUGCACUCGAUAUGAGAUGAAAAACUGUCCUGCUACAUGUCAUGUGUUGUUGUAGUUAGAAAUGUCUGCGUCAAACUUCUUUUUCUUGUUCUAAGUUAUCUAAGCUAACAUGUUGUUUUGCAUUCCUGAAGUAUUGGGUUUUAAUGUGUGUGGGUUCAUGUGUGUUGAAAAUACAUUUUGUUUUGUUGAAUUUCAUAUUUAUUUUUUGAAAAAGGGGGGGUUUAAUAGACAAAAAAAUGGUACAAAAUUUGUCAUUGCUUUUUCUGGCAGGAAGUGACUCUGCACCAAUACAUUAACGUGGUAAAUCCAGCCUUGAUAAAUGUGUCCUGUAGUAGUGAAAAGAAAUGUUUUGUUUAUAAAUUAGCUUCUCAUUAGCAGCACACAUAUAAUUUGCCAUGUUUUUCCCUCUUAGAGAAUAUAUUUCCCUGUCUUACCUAUUGUGCAUGUGCAACCUUUGCAUUGGCUAAUGGUGCAAAAAAUAUUUAUUUUUCAAGAGAAACAUUUUCAGGAAUACAAUUAAUUUGCCAUUUUGAUCAGAUUCAUGUUGAAAUAAUUCUUUAGUCACUGCCCCCUCUGUCACAGAAGUUUAUAUUAGGCUUGGGCAGUAUCUAAUUUUUUAUACCUUCCUGAAAUUUCACCAGAGUAUACGAUAUAUGACGGAGUACAUGUGCGGCGCUAACACCCUUACACUGACGAUUGCGUUACUUACUUUCAGCUUUUCAGACUCGUAAAUACACAAUAGAAACCCACAGAACAUCUAGAAAAGUAAUAUUCUUACACCUAUUUUCCUUUUUUAACAGAGAAAUAAAACUAAACAACUUUUGAAUUCAACUUUCUCUGUCAGAAAGACUCCCUCAUUAACUUACCUUAAUUCCUUACAUUACCUUAAUUCACUGAGCUCUGGUGGUGCGUGCUGUGCACUACAUACAAUGAGUUUAUUAGAAAGAGGAGCACCUGUAUUUAUGAUGGUAUUUAAAAACAUAACUUCUGGAUUUCUAAGUACGCUGGUGUACCAUAAUACUGUGAUACUGCCCAAGCCUAGUUUAAAUAACACAUAUUGCCAUGUUGCAGGCAACAUAGCUAAUCUAAGCUUGUGCAUGUAUUGUGUAGCCUUUGGGUGCCUCAAACUGUCGUAAAUGUGCAGAUUCUUUUUAUUUUUUUUUUUUUAUUACAGUUAUUUUUUUUUAAAAUUUCCUUUAUCUUCAGGUCUGUGGACAGCAUAAAAUCAGUGCAUAUUUAAACUGACAGCAGUGUUACAAGCCACUAAAAUGUUAGGCACCUUUGUAACCCAUAGAAUGUAUCAUAUUUGUCUUUCUUUGAUUCAGUUUUGCUUAAUGUCAGCAGCUCAUGCUGUCAGCCUGUCGUUUCGCGUCAUGCUUUGGUUCUCUGCAGGACAAAUGCAGUGCCUUCUCGAGGUAAAAAAAAAACACGUAAUAAUUAAUGAAAAUUCAAAUCAGGAUUUGGUUUUGUGAGCGGCCGUGGAGAAAGAAAGCAAUGUUUUCAGGUGUUUUUGUGUGGUUUUUUGUUUGAAAAAAAGUUCAAGAUAAGAUUUGCACCAGGGUUGAAAUCAAAUCACAGUCAGUUAAAAUGAAAAAAAAAAAAAGGAAAAUAAAAUGGAAAAAAAACAUUAAGAAAGCUGAUUAUUGUAGGAAUUGAAUUAUGUAUUAUUAUCGUAAAUAAAAGACUAGCGCUGUAUUGAAGUCAUCAUGAAAUGUAUGCCAUUUGAUCAAGGCUGCAGAACUAUUAAUAGCUACCCAGUGUUUAUUCAUAUGCAAAGCUGACUUUUCCUGUGUCAAAGUCAAAAUAGUCAAAUGUUACACACUUGUUGUGGUUUAACAUAUGAAAGUGAAUUGACUUCAACCCUGAUUCAGCCGUGUUCAGAGUGCUUGCAAAGGAAACUGUAGCAUAUCCAGCAACUUUACAAUCAAUCAGUUUUUUGUUGGUUUUUUUUUUUUUUGUUUGUUUUGUUUUUUUUUUUUACAAAUUUUAUUUUUGUUGCUUCAUACUGGGUGAAAAAAAAUAAAAAAUGGAUUUGUACAUUUGAAUUAUAAAUGGGCCCCAAUAUGCCCUUUUGUAUCAAAUUUUCUUUGACAAAAAUAAAAAAAAAUUAACU